ACUGAUGCGAGCUGUCUUUAAACCUCACAGCAGAAGAAGAGGACGAAGACAUUCAUUCUGGAUAUUGUUUUGUCAAAAUAUUAAACUUAUGGAUCGCCUGGCAUCUUUUGGAAAUGAUCCCUUUGAUAAACCACCAUGCAGAGGUUGCUCAUCUUAUCUAACUGAGCCUUACAUCAAGUGUGCAGAAUGUGGACCAUCACCUUUUUUGCUCUGCCUCCAGUGUUUCACCAGAGGAUUUGAAUAUAAGAAGCAUGAAAGUGAUCAUAAAUAUGAAAUCAUGACGUCAGACUUCCCCGUGCUGGAGCCUGGGUGGACAGCACAGGAGGAGAUGGCCCUGUUGGAGGCAGUCAUGGACUGUGGCUUUGGAAACUGGCAAGAUGUGGCUUAUCAAAUGCGCACUAAGACCAAAGAGGAAUGCGAGAGCCACUAUAUGAAGAAUUUCAUCAACAAUCCGCUCUUCUCCUCCACCUUGCUCAGCCUCCGGAAAACAAAAGACUCUCGCUUUGCAGAGGGCGCUAUUCCUUUCAAACCCACUGAUGAUCCCCCUCGGCCCACAUUUGACUCUGUGCUGUCUCGGGACAUGGCUGGAUACAUGCCUGCCAGAGCAGACUUCAUGGAGGAGUUUGACAACUAUGCAGAAUGGGAUUUGAAAGACAUUGACUUUGUGGAUGAUGAUUCAGACAUCCUACGUGCACUCAAGCUCUCAGUUGUUGAUAUAUAUCAUUCAAGAUUGAAGGAGAGACAACGUAGGAAAAAGGUAAUCCGAGACCACGGACUGAUCAACCUGCGCAAAUUCCAGAUGCUGGAGCGAUGCUACCCAAAGGAGGUGCAGGAGCUGAAUGACGUCAUGAGACGAUUUGCCAGAGUGGUUGGACCGAUUGAACAUGACAAAUUCAUCGAAAGUCAUGCACUGGAGUUUGAGCUGAGGAGAGAGAUCCGCAGGCUGCAGGAGUACAGAAAAGCAGGGAUCAAGUCUUUCUGCAGUGCCAAGGUGUACGAGCGGGUGAAGCGGAUGCGGGAGGAGGAGCGGAGGAAGAGGACCAUGUUGUGUGAUGUGCUGCAGUACAUCCAGGAUGGCAGAGCCUGCCAGCAGUGGCUCAGCAAACAGGCUGCAAUAGAUGCUGGCAUCACUCCAGCUGUCACAACAAUCACGGUGUCAGCAACAGGUAGGCGGAGUGCCCCUCCUCUCAACCUGACUGGGCUGCCAGGAACAGAGAAACUCAACGAGCGGGAGAAAGAGUUAUGCCAGGUGGUGCGUCUGGUGCCGGGGGCCUACCUGGAAUACAAGCAGGCCUUGCUAAAUGAGUGCAGACGGCAGGGCGGGCUGCGUCUGGCACAGGCCCGAGCGCUGAUCAAGAUCGACGUCAACAAGACACGCAAAAUCUACGAUUUCCUGAUCAAGGAGGGAUACAUAACUAAGGCCUAGGAACAUUUGAUUGGACCACGGAGGAGAUUGUGGUUAGUGGUUCAUUGUUUUCUAAUCUUGUAACAUGGUGUGUUUUUGUAAGAGGUUCACAUUUUAGCUGCUGAUUUGAAAUUUUGUAACUUUUGCGAGGUCUGUUUGUGUUGUGAAGUUUAAUAUGUAUUAAAAUAGUUUGUAUAAUUCUGUCAGAAGAACAGUCAUACUAAUAUGGAGAUAUAUUUAUUUCUCCUGUCAUAAAA